AUGGAAUCCACAGAUUUUGCUAUUGUCAACAGCAGUUUACUACCCCGGCUGCCGGAGAUUGUACUCGAGAAUUUACCUACCAACAGACCUGUCUGCAGUUUUCUGCUCAUCCUGCUAGCCACAACGUUCGUCUUUGGAUCAAUUAUGAAGCUUGGUCUUAUCUUCAAGAGGCUGCGCCCGGUUGAGCUGCACAAUCCUAGCGUCGUAACGGUACUAGGUACCGCCGGAAUCCUGGAGCCGCUCGGAUUCAUGACCGUCCUUUGGGCUAUUGACAAGCUCGGCGUAUAUGUGUUCAUCUUAUGUAUACUAACGUUACAAGCUGCUGGUCUCUUGAAGAUUGCGGGUAUUUGCGGUCUUGCCAAAGCAAUGAGCCUGUUGGUAUUCUAUGGAGUCCUCGACGACACCGACACACUUUCCCUGUUCCAGUACAGAAUCCUAGAGCUCUCGUCGUGCCUACUCAUUCUCCCUGUCCUAUUUGUUCCUAUUCCGUCGUUACAGUGCGAGUCUCUUGAACCACCAUUGAUUCCUAAAUAA